UGUGUAGCAGAAAGUUGUGACUUCCUCCUCCUCCUCUCUCGCAGUUUGUUUCAUCAGCCACGAGUUUCCACAUCCAGCCGACAGCAGAGUUUCUCUCCGGUGUUUCACAAAGAUGGGAGACCCUGUAACCGAGUACACAGCCCGGCUGCAGCAGCAGGAGCAGGACAUCCAAAGUCUCUCUGCAGAGAUAGAAAGUCUAAAAAACCCACAGGACCUGAACGCAUCUGCACGUCUGGAGGAGCUGCGGGAGGAAAACGCCAGGCUGAAGUACCGUCUCAACAUCCUAAAGAGGGGACUGCAGGAGGAGAGGACCAUGAUGAACAUCAACCAGCGCCUCCAGGAGGUUUUCGGCGAGGCCAUCCGGGCUGCCUGCCCCGAGCUGGACAACCCUCCACUGGCCGUCGCGCCUAACCAGCAGGCCAAGUUUGGAGACUAUCAGUGCAACAGUGCCAUGGCCAUGGCCCAGAUGCUGAAGGCAAAGGGAGUGAAAAUCAACCCAAGGGAAAUUGCGGAGAAGAUCAUCCAGAACCUUCCAGACAACGAACUCGUCGAAAAAACUGAAAUUGCAGGACCAGGGUUCAUCAACAUUCACCUGAAGAGGGCGUUCGUGUCCAAACUGUUAAGCAACCUGCUGGUCAACGGAGUGCAGCCGCCCCCACUGGCCGCCAAGAAGAAGGUAGUGGUGGACUUCUCCUCCCCCAACAUCGCCAAAGAGAUGCACGUGGGUCACCUGCGCUCCACCAUCAUCGGGGAGAGCAUGUGUCGACUGUUUGAGUUUCUGGGCUACGACGUUCUGAGGUUGAACCAUGUUGGAGACUGGGGGACCCAGUUUGGGAUGCUGAUUGCCCACCUGCAGGAUCAAUUCCCAAAUUACCUGACCAUCUCCCCUCCCAUCAGUGACCUGCAGGCCUUCUACAAAGAGUCGAAGAAGCGCUUCGACGAGGAGGAGGACUUUAAGAAGCGAGCGUACCAGUGUGUCGUCAGACUGCAGAGCAAAGAGCCCGACAUUAUUAAAGGCUGGAACCUGAUCUGUGACGUCUCCAGGAAAGAGUUUCAGAGGGUUUACGACUGCCUGGACGUCAGCAUCAUCGAGAGAGGAGAGUCAUACUACCAGGACAUGAUGACGGACGUGGUGAAGGAGUUUGAAAAGGAAGGCUUUGCACAGCUGGAUGAGGGUCGUAAAAUUGUCUUCGUCCCUGGGCAGUCCAUCCCCCUCACCAUCGUCAAGUCUGACGGUGGCUACACUUACGACACGUCGGACCUCGCGGCCCUGCGUCAGCGACUCUUUGACGAGAAAGCCGACAUCAUCAUCUACGUCACAGACAGCGGGCAGUCCACACACUUCCAGGUGGUGUUUGCUGCGGCUCAGAUGAUUGGCUGGUACGACCCUCAGGUGACCCGCGUGGAGCAUGCAGGCUUUGGAGUGGUGCUGGGUGAAGACAAGAAGAAGUUUAAGACCCGGUCUGGAGACACGGUGAGGCUGAUGGACCUGCUGGAGGAAGGACUGAAAAGGUCCAUGGACAAACUGAAGGAGAAGGAGAGAGACAAGGUCCUGACCCCGGAGGAACUAUCCAAAGCUCAGAGAUCGGUCGCUUUUGGCUGCAUCAAAUACGCUGACCUCUCCCACAACCGCAUCAACGACUACGUCUUCUCGUUUGACAAGAUGUUGGAUGACCGGGGCAACACAGCGGCGUACCUCCUCUAUGCCUUCACCCGCAUCAGGUCCAUAGCUCGGCUGGCUAACAUCGACGAGGCCACUCUGAGGAAAGCGGCAGAGACCUCGGAGGUCCUCCUGGACCACGAGAAGGAGUGGAAGCUGGGGAAGUGCAUCCUCCGUUUCCCAGAGAUCCUGCAGAAGAUCCUGGAUGAUCUGCUGCUCCACACGCUCUGCGACUACCUGUACGAGCUCGCCACCACCUUCACCGAGUUCUACGACAGCUGCUACUGCGUGGAGAAGGACAGACAGACAGGUGAGGUGGUGAAGGUGAACAUGUGGAGGAUGCUGCUCUGUGAUGCUACAGCGGCCAUCAUGGCCAAAGGGUUUGACAUCCUGGGAAUCAACCCCGUCGACAGGAUGUGAUAGUUGUCAUAGAUCCACCACAUCUCCAGCCUUUGCCAGAGGCCGAAGUUCACCAGAAUUCAGAACCAAGACCAUGACGAGGAGAAGUGACAAGAGUGUCUUUCCUUAAGCCAAAACUUGAAAAGAAAUAAUUUUCACAGAUAUUAUAUCAACCCUGGGAGGAAAAGCUGUAUUACUUAACAUCUCAUGUCAAGUUUCUUUUUUAUUAAAGAACCAAUACCAAACCAAAA